GAGAGACGGAAGGGUUUCUCUCCAUCUGUGGGAAGUGAAAUACUCUCAACGAACGGGACGAUGACGACGAUGACGACGAUGGAAUCUUCGCCAUAAAAAGAAAACCUUUAUCGACUCUUCUCCUUUCACUGUUUCUUUUUUCUUCUUCUACGUCUUCUUUUUGCAGGAACAGAAAGCGAUUCAGUUUUCGGAUUUUCUUUCACCCUUAUUUGUUGGCUGAUUCGUCGUAGCUGGUUGAUUAAUACCUGUUUUUGUGUUCCUGAGGAGGAAUUUUGUUGUUUCUGAUGUAAGUUUCAGUCUCUUCGCUUGGUUUGAUUCCGAUUGAACGAGUUCACUGGUUUUGUAGCAGUAGAAAGCUCUUAAAUUGGAGUAUUCAUUGAUUAAUGUCGACUAGCGGGAUGGCUUGAGAGAUUGUUCUGGAUAGGAGUUGCUUUCGACUCUUUGAGUCAUGGGUAGUAGUGAGAUGGAUACGCCGCCAAAGGCAUCGAAGACCUCGACCUCGACUUCGACUUCAACUUCAACGCCAGCAACUCAGGAGCAGGCUCCUCCGACGAGUACUGCAGCUGUUUAUGACUGGUCUGGAUUUCAGGCGUAUUCCCCUAUUCCUCCACCUGGUUUCUUUCACUCUCCAGUGGCUUCAAGUCCCCAACCACACCCGUAUAUGUGGGGAGCUCAGCAUCUUAUGCCUCCUUAUGGGACUCCUCCACCUCCAUAUGUUGCAAUGUAUCCGCAUGGUGGGAUAUACACGCACCCAACUAUUCCUCCGGGAUCUCACCCAUUCAGUCCUUAUGCUAUGCCGUCUCCAAAUGGAAAUGCUGAAGCUUCUGGAACUGUCCCAGGUGGUGCGGAGGUGAAUGGUAAGUCAUCGGAUGGUAAGGAAAGAAGUGCUCUCAAGAGGUCAAAAGAAAGUUUAGGUAGUUUGAAUAUGCUUACAGGAAAGAAUAAUGAGGUGGGUAAAACUUCGGGAGCAUCUGCCAAUGGAGUUUUUUCCCAAAGUGCUGAGAGUGGAAGUGAAGGUUCAAGUGAAGGAAGUGAUGCCAAUUCUCAGAAUGUAAGUAUCAACUGAAGCCAGCUCACUUGUUCUGUAUAUAUUAUUUUGUGUGAAUGGUAGCUUUCAAUUUGCUUGGAGAAGGGUGGGAGAAUGGUAAGACUUAAAGAGUAUUAAAAUCUGGAUCUCUCAUAAAAUUGAGUUCUAGAUUCAUAUUUUCUUGCUUCAUGCCCCAGUUACAUAACUUCUAGAACUACAACUUUUUCCUGUGCACUUUCUCCAAUUGCCUGAUUGGAUAUUUUCUUUUUUCCUCUCUUGAUGAUCUGAAAGUUUUAAUCUGAUAUUAUGCCCUAGUAGAGGCUAUACUACCCAUGUUUAAGUCAGACUUAUAUUGCUGCUGCAGAAAAUACUAGUAAUGUUGAUGAUGUUUUCCUUUGGUUUGGGGGUGUGUUAGGAAACCAUCUACUGAAUCUGAACCUUGAAAUAGAAUUGGUUUGCCAUUAACUUAGCUAAAAAAUAUACCAAGAAUUAUGUGUUUGCUAUCUUCUUGGACAAAUAGUGUGCUGGGUUCGGGUUAGCCUAGUUGAAAUAAUGUGCCACACUAAGGCAUAUCAGGUUGAAAAAUUUCCACCUUAAGUAAGGCAUAUCAGGUUGAAAAAUUUCCACCUUAAGUAUAUGAAGUGCAACUUACUUUGAAGUCCUAAACUAGGGCAUAUGAUAAGGAUCUUAAGAUGGACCCUGGUUCUUUGGUUCAAGUAUAUGAAGUGGCCAGCCAAACCCUAAAUCGCUAUUUAGGAAUUUGAGGUUUUGAUUGGUGCAGCACAGGUCCAGAUUAAGGGAUUUCUGUUAAACCACAGGCUGAAAAGCUUGCAGGUUACAUUUUCCAGCAGCCUGCUACAGUAAGAAAGAAACAGAGAAUAAAAGAUGGAGAAUAGAAGCAGCAAGGGGGGGGGGAGAAAAGAGCAAAAGGAGGAAGAGUGAUGUGAUUUGUGGGAAGAGGAGAUAGAAUGUCGUAUUGUCCAAAGGGAGAGAAGAAAGAGAUGGCCACCAGAGGAAAA